AUGCGAGUCCGGUCCUCGGUGUCUCGGCGUGUGGCUGAUGACCGAGAUCUCCGCCAAGUUGACAAGACUUCAGUGGCUAUGCUGCCCUAUUCUGUUCUGUACUUCUAUCAAGCUACAGUACAGCACCUGCAGUUCGCCGACAUCUUCAACGUUUCUAUUAUUUUCCAGUGCCACUUUACUCGAAAUAUGCUCCUGGAAGGGUCCAUGGAGCACAAGGUCAAGAAUGCUUUUGGACUAUUGCGUGGGAUGAACAAUUUCAUUGCAAACGGCCACCAGAAGUCUCAGGAUCAACACAAGCUACUGGAGGGUCAAGACAUACGUGGCGACUGGACGUCAUGGGAGAUGUCUCGCCUAGCUGAAUACGCUAUCCACACUAAUAUAGAAGACUGGGCGGUUGUGGUCGAGUUAUGCAAUAAGCUUGGCAUAGAUCCUCAAGAGACAGAGGAGUCGUUUAAAGUUCUUAUUAACGAUAUCCGCUCUACUCUUCCGAGCGUACAGUUAUCCGCUGCUAAGCUAUGGAUGAUAAUGAUAUAUAGGUGUCGCCCCUACUUUGCUAGCCACGUACCAGAACAAGAACUUUUAGGAGUCAUUGAAGAGGUUGCUUUGAGCUCGCGUACAUCGCCAGUUGUUCGAGAUCGACUGGUCGAAGUGAUGGGGGCUUCAGUAUUCCUGCUGAAGGAUGCAGAAACUCUCGGGUCUUACCAGUCAACCUGGAUGAAACUUAGGCAACGGCUGAGGCUGACACAUCCCCCCGAAGGCCUAGCCAUCACCGCCGAAGACCACAUCAUUUCCACCAACUCUCCCAUCACUCCCUCCGUCUCAUCAAACCCGCCGUCAAACGAGUCUUCCGGCUACAAUGUCAUUGAGGAACUGGGUACUAUCGGCCCCGAACAGGGCGCCUCACAGGUAGCAGAAGAUAGAGCAGUAGACCAAGAAAAUGAACCAUGUUUAACAAGGUCGCCUGCUACGGAGACCGAACCCGGUCCCGCAGCCUCCAAUCCGAUGGGUGAUGCGAGGUGGCUCUUUGAGGAAUGCGAGAGCGCCCGUGGUAACUGUCGAAUCUUGGCCGAGUCACUUCUAUAUACGACUUUGGACAGUGUCCUGAAGGAUCCAUUGAUAAAGGAAUUUCGAGAAAGCACUAUGACUUCAAAGGAAAUCAUCGACGCUCAUAUCGAAACCGCCACUAUCAGCGCAGACAGCGCUCGUGCGAGGCGGUGGUCGAAUGACUCGAGUAACUCAGCCACCAGGUCAACCGAGGAGCAGCUGCUACAAGCCCUUGUUACCACCCAAGCGGAGAUCAAGUAUACGUUGCAGAGCUAUGACGAACUUGCGGAGCUGGCGAACUCGAGCAGCCCUGUGGAUGCAGAAGAUCCUCCAAUUAGCAGGCAAAUGUCCGGAGCCGAUGUUGUGUCCCGGCUAAUUGAUCAUGGUUGUAAAGACCUAUCAGACAGUGUCGACCAUUCCAGCUUUGGAGAAUACCCAUUCUCUACCGGGGGAUUCAGUGAUGUGUAUGACGGGCGGAUGUUGGACGGCACGAAGGUGGCGCUAAAGCUGUUGCGAGUAUCAGCGCACAGUCUUGGUCAAGACUCAAAGCACCUCAAGCACGCCGCGAGGGAGCUCCAUACGUGGAGUAAAUGCGACCACCCGAACGUGGCUCCACUUCUUGGCCUGCUGGUCUUCCGAGGUCGCAUAGGAAUGAUAUCCCCUUGGAUGGGUAAAGGCAGUCUAUCUAACUUCUUGGCAAAAACACCGGGGGUUGACCGACAAAGUCUGUGUGUACAGAUCUGCGAGGGGCUAUCUUACCUGCAUGAGAUCGGUAUCGUUCAUGGUGAUAUGAAGGGGCCCAACGUGCUUAUCGCGGACGACGGUACUGCAGUGUUGAGCGACUUUGGAAACGCGUUUCUGAAGGAUCGAACAAUGAAGUUCACGCCGACUACGAGUGCGAGUGGGAUGUCGAUCCGUUGGUCGGCACCUGAGAUCAUCAACGGAGAAAGGCCAUCAAAGGCAUCGGAUGUAUACGCACUAGGAACGACUAUCUACGAAGUUAUAUCUAGGAGGCUCCCAUACGAGAGACAAUCAGAGGUUGCUAUAGUAUUUUUGGUAACCGUACGGAAAGAACUGCCAGAACGGCCUGAGUACUUACCCAUGGACCAUGAUGAUGCGGAAAAGCUAUGGAAGCUGUUGUUACGUUGCUGGUCUGAGCCCGAAGUGCGCCCUACUUCAGCGGAAGUUGCAAGUGAGACAGAUGAAGACUAUUGCAUUGGAAAACCUUCCAACACCGCCCCCACGCCCAAUAACCCCGAGUCUUGA